AUGGAUAAGGAGAAUUUUAACUAUCGCCAGAAUCUCCGAUGUCGAAGUCGAGAAGGGUCGAUGUCACGCUUAUCUAAGCCCACGUUGACUAUGACGAUGCUUCACAGCUUCAACAAACGCGAGACCCGAAAACAUACGGUAUCCUAUGGAUACUCACGCUCGCCCAUGUUUGCCAGAAAUCCUCACAGGGUUUCCGCGCCAACUUCAUCUGCACCGAAAAUGGGUGUUUCCGGUGAGAUCCAGGAGGCGUACCAAUCGGCAACCCAUCUGGAUGAGUUUCAGGGUUCCUCGCACUCCCUGUCUGAACAUCAACUGAAAUAUCUCUUCUCCGGAGCACCGCACUUUCUUCUGGAGAAGGGGCUCAACCGGUGGUAUCCUCAUGUGGUUUUCCCAUGGGAUCAUGAUUUGAGAAUUCAGCAUCUCGACGAUCGGAAAGCAUUAGAGCACCCUUCUUUCACAUUGUCAACACUCCAUGCUCACAUCCCGGUUUCCCCAGGUGGUGGAGGAAUACAAAUAUAUCCGGAUGCCCUAACUGAAAAGAGUGGUUGCAGACGGCCCUCGUUUGAUAUUGGCGUGUUCGAGGUUCCAAACAUGUUGUCCUCGAGAGCAAAUGAGGAUGGCUGCAUUGGAUUCCAUAAUUUCAUGGAGCUACCGAUUGUGUAUGGACCCAGGUCCGAGCAGCGGCCGUUGUCACCACGCCUGCUCGAUAAGCACUUGCAAAUCACACCGGCGCCCCGUGGGAAGGAUGAUCCAUACUCCGACUACAACUUAAAUGUUACCUUUGACCGUUUGAAAUUAGUCGCAGCAGGACCUUCGGCAUGGAAACGCAUUGGCGUGCGCGAUUGCUCUAUGAAGGCUAUUACACAGAGGCUCCAGACCUUAUCGGGUGUGCAAGAUCAAAUCACUCUCCAAGGAAAGUCUGUAGCCCUGCUUGAUGAAGAGAGCGUUGCAGGCCUCCACCGUCAGCUUUUCAGCACGUUUCUAUAUCCCCCACCAAACGCGGUACACGCAGAACACCCCGAUAGCUUUCGGUUUCAGAUCAGCACGUUGAUACAAGUGCUCAAUCUUAAGGGUGCCUGGGUAGACUUUAGUUUGAUGAAAUGGAGGGUUCGUGCAGGUCAAAUCCUCUGGGAGCUUCCUCCCCAUCAAGACAGUGAUUGCCUGCAAAACGCCUCAGACGGGCAGUAUUCGGGCACAGCACUCCAACGGCAGUGGCUUUUAUUACAGGUUGUUUUAUCCGCGGAGGUUUUAUUCCGCGCUGAUGCUGCGGCGACGAAAAUUGGGAUCUAUAGCCAGUCCAAGGAUUUGCCUAUCACACCACGGGAUGUUUCCUUAAUGAAUAGUUUGCGAUCAGAUACGCUGGACUGGGGGUUAAUCUUCUGCCGUCGAAUUUUCGAAAACAUCUCCUUCCACUAUUGGCCACAGGCGUCUCACCAAUUGCCAGGCAAACGGUCCCUGAAUGAUUUGCCCAAGAAAACCCAUUCAAUAGUUUCCGUGCCAAAAGUUCAGGAGCCUCAUGACCUCGAUUCGCCCUGGCUAUGUGCACUCUUGCCACGGUACCCGUGGCAACAGCUAGAAGCCCUGCUGGUCUUUGCAGAACUUCUGAAAUGGCCAGACAUCGAAAAUAUGAAGCAUUAUAUGAGGGAGAAGUUGGAGUUUGCCCUCUUGCAGCCUUCUAAUUUUAACCACAUGUUUGCUUCGCCAAUGAGCACUGUGCCUCUGUCAGACAACAUUAAGCUGCUAGGGAAAUGUGAAAUGUAUCGCAAAAGCCACUCCUUAAAAUUGUGCCGCCUCCAUUCUUGUCCUUCCUCUGCUCGUCACAGUGCCAACUACGUGGGAGGAUGGAUGUCUCGUCAAAGUUGGUGGAGCAAAGCAUGCGUUAUUGGACGCAUUCUUGCCAGCCUUGACGCCUCUACAAUCUGCAUGGGCUGGAUUAGUACGACUAUUAUUCCACUUGAUGAUGCGAGAGCACCCCUGAGCGAUGGGUGGCUGGAGAUUGAGACAAUAGACAUCACUAAGACCCACACUCAGGCACGUAUAAAUCAAGGAAAAGGUGUUCUUCUUGACUCGUCACCUCUGGGGACUGAGGGUGAUUUAUCAGCAACGGCGUUCUCAUUACCGCUUGAUGAGGCCAACGCUGGCCCAAGUCAGGAUACACAAGUGCCGUUUACACUCACACAUGGCUUGUCCGGCCCGAGCCAAGUAUCCAUGAGCAUAAAGUAUAACGUGUCCUUCGUUUCCGCGUUUCCCUGUCUCCCACCGUACGGUAGCGUGCUGUCCUCCGGUUACGAAGAGCGUGAUGCCUCUCAUCAGUACACCAACGGCUCAUCUACUAAGAAGGAAACAAACUACAUCGGACUUCAGAAAAACAGGACCUCUAGGAAAAGCAAGCCAACGCCCCGCCCCCGCCUCCCGGGCCACCUACUUCACACGGCAUCGUUCCCAUACAGCUAUAUCCCGAUCCACACAUUGCCUUCAACCCCACGCCUGCCAACAACCCCAAACCAUCUGGAAGCUCAUACCUCUUCGUCCCCUGUAAAUCACCCUCCGCUUGCGACUAACCGCAGCCCUAAACUGGAAGGGUCGCAACGGAAGCAUACGUAUGUCGUCGAUGCGCGCGGCAGUGAACAUAAAGAGCUUUUCGCCAGAUCGUGGUGUGCAAUGGUUGGUGUAGAUGCAGUGGUGGGCCGAGUAGGGCAGACUUGUGUGGCUUGCUGUAUUCGAGAGGCGAGGGCGGCGGAUGUUCCCGUCGUUAUUCGGGUGGGAACGGCUGAACUAAGCGGUCGACAUUGA